GUUACGGUCAAAAUCCCAAACACAGAUUCAGAACUACAAGGAGUCCAAGGUAGGCAGAAAAUGAUUUAAUGUUCCAUGUUUUAUAUCACUGCUUCCCUGAGGGUCUUUACAUGUGGCUUUUGUGGCCAAAAUAGCCAAGUUUGGAAGAAUAGCUGAUUUGUAGAAUGUUUGUUACUUUGGCCUUAAAUUUGAAAUCCACUUUGAAUUCUUGCCAAUGCUCCUGGGCCUUUUUUACAUAGCAUCCACAUGAACAGUAUAAUGCAUAUUCAAUAAUAUUACUCCUGUAAGUCAUCCUACAAUGUUACCCGUUAUCCACAUAUUUAUAUGGACCACAGGACGCAACUCGCGGGGCAAAAUGGUGCACCCAUCACAUACCUACCUAUUGCCCAGAGAUUGUGGCACUGUUACGGGUUGUAUUAAAUAUGAAACUUUAUGUUAGCAGAUGUUGGGUUUUCAAGUUUGAUGUCAGGAUUGUUUUUGCAAAAUUAGUUCCUGUCAAGAAAUGUGUAAGCUAGAGGCUAAUUUGCGUAUAGAUCCAUCUGACACAGAGUGCAGGCUGUGUAACAUACUGUGAUUACAAUAGAAAUGCUUUAUCGUUUUGGUUCCCUAUUUUAUAUUAUUAAGAAGAAUGUAAAUAAUAAAAAAUACAUUGUAUUAAUUCUAAAAAUUGCGUAAAGCCAGAGUCAGAGGCCCCCACUGAGCUGAAUCCAGAUUUCUAGAUUUGUGGCGUGACACAGACGUGUUUUUCAUAUCAUCGUCCCCCUGUUAAAAUAACACCCUGUGUAAUAAAAUAGUUUUCUGACUUAUUCACCAAAGUCGGAGUUUCCAGGUAUUUCAUGGCAAUUCAAAGGGAGUUUAACAUAACAAACUGGAACCAGCUAACUGGGAGAUUUUAUUUAAAUGAGCUUAUUUUAUAGUAAUAAAUUGUGGGUUUAUUGACUGUAAUGUAAACGGUGUUGAAAUGAAACUUCCCUGCUUAGUAAAUUAAGGAUAAGACUGCACUUCUAGUAAUCAAAAUACACAAAAAUAAAACCGCUAUUCAGGUCACUCUGUUUCAUUUCCUUUACUGGAAAAUGGAGAUAAAAAACCCAGAAUCCCUUCCUCUUCCUCUUAAUGCAAAGUGCUGAUUAGCAGCUGUUGAAAAGCUGAACUGUUAAAGCAAACGUUAAAGAUAAUAAAUAAAAUCGCCAUCAUGUCCCAGUAUACACAGAGUGGAGCUGCCUAUUGGAGUAUAUGUUGGCACGUUAAAGGUACACUGUCCUAAUGUAUACUGAACAAGUCUGGAGUUCAUAAAUUAAGAUCGCCACAAUGGAAGCUGCUUUGGGUGUGCGCUACAGAGCAGCCAUCUUAACUAUAUAUCACAUGACACCUCGCUGGUGCUUAAUGAUAAAUGUUUUAAUUAUUUAGCCCAGAUGUAGACAACUUUCAGCUGUAUGGAUGCUGUGGACUACAUCUCCCAUAAGGCAGGCAUUGCAUCAGCGGUAAUGUACUCCGGAAAAUUUGGGGAUACGGAAAGUUGUCUACCCCUGAUUUAGUGACUCCUUGGACACCUCAAUGCCAAAACAAGAGCAGAUACCAAGCUCCGCCUUGAAAGGGGCGCAGGCUACCAUGAGAUAAUGGGGGAUUUUAUCAAAGUGUUCUGCUUUAAAAAAGGUGUACAGCAUUCUUGGCAGCGUAGGAAGGCACCUGCAAAAUCUCUGCCGGAAUAAAGCCUGCUCUGAAAACUCCUACCAUUUCUCAUUAUUAAUGAAAAUAUACAGGAAAUAAAGGCCUCCUGUGCAUUAUUUUCUAUGAACACGUAUAAGUAAAUGUUUUCACUACUCAUGUUUGCUCACGCCUGCUUCGAUGCAGCCGCCGAGGCCAUCUUUAGCCUUUAUGGUCAGAAUCACUGCUUCUCUGCCUAGAUUAUGUGUGUUUGAGGCCUGAAUCCAUCCCACAGUGUGUUUUGAAAUGUCCACUGCUUGGGCAGGAUGGCAGGAUUCAUUAACACACACUAACUCUUUAUAAUCGGGAUGAUUUAUGUCGCACAAGCAGGUGAUCCUGGCCAAAGAGGAUUCAAGAAGGACACCCCCAUAGAGCAAAGUUAAUGCAGAGCAUCCAACAGUGAUGUUUCCUGACAAAAUGACAAAAUAAGGCUCACAGAGGAGAUAUAGCAAGUAACCUCUUACUUUAAAUAAUAAUAAAAUGUAGCUUUAAUAUCAUACGUUAGUAGCCAGAAGGGAUACAUUGUGACCAAAAGUCUUCAUUGUCACAUGUUUAGCAAAAAAAUCCGUCUUCCAGUCACAAUGUGUUUCAAUCAUCAUGUGCCACCCACUUGUUUUUUCAUGUUUUCAUCUUCCUUUAAAUUAUCUAUAUCAAAUGUUUAUUUUUGUGUUUUUUUAGGACAUUUUUGGUUAGAGAGAUUACAAUAUUAAUAUUUUCUUUAGAUUUGUAAUCAGCUAAAUUAAUUAUUUUCUAUUUGUUAAUUUCAUAUAGUUUUGGGAAUAACCUGAGUGGGAUUUUUUCCAUUUCAUUAAUUACAUUUAACGGUUGAAAUUUCUCUUCUUUAAAACCUUGUUAUAAAAAGCUACCUUUGUGCUCGGCCGGUGUGGAUAGUUGGUGCAUUUUUAUAAAUGUCGUUUUCAGUGAGCAGAGCCCAAGGGGAUUGCAAGAUGUAUGUGAAUACCUACGUUCAAUCAAGGGAGGCAGCGUAAAACGCCUGGAGGUUUAUAAAAGUAGUAGGUGCAUGAUACUAUGACUCAGUAGAUAUGGUUUAUGCUAUUCAAGUCAAGUUCAUUUUGACCGUCUUGUUAAAGGGACACUAUAGUCACUAAAACAACGUUAGCUUAAUGAAGUAGUUUUGGUGUAUAGAUCAUGUCUCUGAAGUUUCGCUGCUCAAUUCUCUGGGAGAGACUUAGGAGUUAAAUCACUGUUUUUUUCUGCUCAUGCAGCCCUAGCCACACCUCCAAUGGCUGUGACUGAUACAGCCUGCACGAAAACAAAAUGGUUUCAUUUUCAAUCAGAUGUAACUUACUUUAAGCAUUUCCUGCUCUGUAAAUUGAACUUUAAUUACAUACAAGAUGCUCUUACAGGGUCUAGCAAGCUAAUGAUAGAGCAGGAGAUAAGAAAUUGUAAAUUAAACAGAAUGUGCAAUAAAGGAAGGCUAAACUUCAGAUGACUCUUUACAGGAAGUGUUUAUGGAAGGUUGUGCAAGUCACAUGCAGGGAGGUGUGACUAGGGUUCAUAAACAAAGGGAUUUAACUCCUAAAUGGCUGAUAAUUGAGCAGUGAGCCUGCAGGGGCAUGUUCUAUACUGCUUCAGUAUGAUAAAGUUGUUUAGGUGACUAUAGUGUCCCUUUAUGGUUACCAAGCUGUGAACACCAACAAUAACAAGCAGCAAUGAAUGAUCUAUGGCUUUGCAGGGGCUGUCUACCGGUACACGAGACUGACUAAUCUAUGACUGUUUGCAGCACAAUGUUGUACUUCUGUGUUUUGGUUUUCGCUCUUCCCUUGGUGACGGCCAGUGUGGAUGGAGAUGAUACACUGAAUUCUGAGUGGGAGAAAUGGAAGCAGACUCAUGGCAAACAGUACCAGAAUCCGGUGAGAAAUUCAGCUGUUUCAAAAAGCUUUAUGUUCACACUCUCACAAACACACUCACACACACGCGCACACACACACACAUACAUAUACAAGCACGCACACAAACACACUCACACACACAUACAAACACACACAGCAGAAAGUGAGCAAUGAAUUCAGUAAACUGAUCAGGAAAUUGCAAAUCUUAAUCCAAAAUGGCCGGAGAUGUUAAUACAUUGAGUUAGAGAAUGAGUUACACUCCGAUUGUUUUGGAAUAAAAGUUGCAAUCUACAGGACAAUUGUCUACAAUUUCACUUUUUAGUAAAUAAGAUAAGCACAUAUACUUUAUAUACAGACAAAGUCUGAUCAAGUUAAAGGGACACUCCAGGCACCCAGACCACUUCUGCCCAUUGGAGUGGUCUGGGUGCCAACUCCCACUACCUUUAACCCUGCAACUGCAAUUAUUGCAGUCUUCAUAAACUGCAAUAAUUACCUUGCAGGGUUAACUCCUCCACUAGUGGCUGUCUACUAGACAGCCACUAGAGGGCUCUUCCUGGUUCAUAGCACGCUAUGUGAGGACCUCCAGCGUCGCUCAAAUACCCAUAGGAAAGCAUUAAAAGUGUUUUUCAAUGCUUUCCUAUGGGGAGGUCUAAUGUGCAUGCGCGCAUUAGGCCUCACCCCGCCGGUUGGCCGCGCAUGCGCAAUCGGUCUCCCCUGCUGGAUGACAUAGGCAGCGGAGGAGCGUGGGGAACCCAGAACCAGCGCCAAUGGACAUCGGCGCGGGACUCCGGUAAGUCACUGAAGGGGUUUAAACCCCUUCAGCAACAUGGCAUGGGGGGUGGGUGGGAGAGGGGACCUGCAGUGCCAGGAAAACAGAUUGUUUUCCUGGCAUUGGAGUGUCCCUUUAAGCUUCAAGUUUGCUUAGGCACAUUCAGAUAUUCUAUGGGAGUAAAGGUCUCCCUUGAUGGGUGGCAUAGUCUUUCUCCGUGUCUUCUUUACAGAGUUCGAGAAGAAAGCCACCACUAAUGAGAAAUUUUCUAGAAAAUUAUGUUACAGCUUCCGGUAUGGAAAUGCCCACACGGGGUCUCAAUCACUUCAUUACCUGUGUUUAUAUCUCCUAUUCAUAUCUGUAUUAUUCAUUAGUUAUUGCAGACGCUCAAUGCCUCACUCCACGUGGCCAGUAAUUUUAUUAAAUCCUCUACAUACCCCUCCACAGACGCAUGAGGAGCAGAGACGUCAGAUCUGGGAGAAGAACCUACAGAUAAUUGCUUCCCAUAACAUCCAGUUCUCAGAGGGGAUACAUUCGUACAAUCUGGCCAUGAAUCAUCUGGGAGACAUGGUGAAAUAUUAUGUUUUUUGUACUUACAGUCUGUGUACCCACAUUCUGUACGUCCUCUCACUUACUGUAGAUUUCAUUGUUACCUGCUUGUUUAGUUUGAAAAAAAGACUAAAAGUCCAUCGAAUUCAACCCUGACAAAUUCUUUUAUGCUGUUAUUCCAUAAGAUUGCAAAAAAACAAACCAAGUUGUACCCAUUCCCAAUUAUUCCACAAAAAGAGAACAAAAUCCCUUCUUGACUUCAUAACGUCUAUCAGAUUUCUCCUUCUUACAUACCAAUUAUAUUCUGUUUGUACAAAAAAGCAUCCAAGCCUUUCAAAAAAAUUAAAAUAUCUGUAGAGUCUGAUAACACAACCUCUUUAGUCAGAGAAUUCCUUUAUUUAUUAUCUUUUCUUGUUCUUACACUAAGUGAAAUCGCCUUUCUUCCAGUCUCAGUAUAUGUUGUAUAUUCCUGCUAAUGACAGGUUAUCACGUAGCAGUUUGUACUGAUCCUGUAUAUAUUUGUAUAGUGCUAUCAUAUUCUCUCCUAUUUUACAUUUCCCUCCUCUGUACUUUUUCUAGUUAUGCAAAAUCCUUCUUUAAAACAGGUGCCCACAAUUGCACCACAUAUUCAAAAUGGGGUCUUACCAUUGAUUUAUAAGGAGCCCAAAUUAUAUUUGGAUCACGUGAAUCAAAAACCCUUUACAAUAUUACAUUUACCUUAGUAGCUUUUGUAACGGCAGACUGGCAUUGCAUACUGUUGCCUAAUUUGUGAUUUAUAAUUGUUCCUAAAUCCUUUUCAUUUAAUGUUAUUCCUAACUCAGCCCCUUUUAAUAUAUAAGUAGCCUGUGCCAUCCUUUUUCCAAGAUGCAUUGCUUUUCAUUUCUCUAUAAAUGAUGCAUUAAAUUAUUUAUGUAGGAUAACAGACUCACAAUUAGUAAUAUCUGUGUCACAGUGACAAUGUCAACGUACCAAGAGAAGGUCAUGUCAUUGCGAAUGUACCAACUUUUAUGUAUGUACUAACCAUUCUUUUUAUUUAAGAACUAUGUCAUCUUUUCUUACAAUAAUGAACAUAGGAAUGUCAAAUCUAUUGGUUAGUAUAAUCCUGAAGGAAUGAAAUUGCACAUACUACAUGCAUACAACAUGCAGUUAACCAUGUAAUUGUGGGACAUUCGUCCAUUUACAGACCAGUGAGGAAAUUGUUCAGACGAUGACUGGGUUGAAGGUGCCAGCCCAUCGCCAAGUCAAUAACACCUAUUCCCCUGAUUGGAAGUCACGGAUUCCCGAAUACAUUGAUUACAGGAAGAAAGGCUACGUCACUCCAGUCCAAAACCAGGUAAAUAAUUUGAGCAAUAACCGUGGAAAUGUGGGCAACUGGGACCCCUUACCCUCUCACUGGUCAUUUUUUAGCUGUCCUGACAAUGGACCUCAUCGAUAAGUUCAGUUGAAAAUUUUGUUUGUAACAUUUUGGCUUUUUCAGAUUGAUGUUAUAUAAUAUUCACCUCAUAACUCUUUAAACAACGUUUGGCCAACUGACAUGAUAUUUUAUUUUAGUCUUGAAGGCCAGAGAGGUGAACAGUUGGUGAAAUUCUGAAAUAAUAAACGUCCAUCAAAUUCACCAUGUUUCAGUAUUCUUUGUAAUUUCUUCGAUCCACUGGAAAAGUGGUGGUAAAAUAUGAUAAAUAGAGAAGCCACAAUGGCAUGGACGACUGGAAUUUGGUAGAACAUUCUGACUUUCUAAACUGCCCCAAACUUUUAAAAAUAAAUUUAUACUUCCAAGUUACCAGGUUAAAGUAUGGUGGGGUUUAUCUCUUACGUUAAUAAGUAUUUCCACCGUUAUUUCAUACCAGAUAACACAUAGAAACAUCUUUCUUUACAGGGAAGCUGCGGUUCUUGCUGGGCUUUCAGUUCAGUGGGGGCCCUGGAAGGUCAGCUCAAGAAGAAGACUGGUACCUUGGUCUCACUCAGCCCACAGAACCUUGUGGAUUGUGACACGGAUAACUAUGGAUGUCAAGGAGGAUACAUGACUAAUGCAUUUGGCUAUGUGAGGGACAAUGGUGGAAUAGAUUCUGAUACAUCCUACCCUUACAUUGGUCAGGUGAGUUCCAGGGCACAAAUACAGACAGAAAUGGUUAGUGAAGUUGUAUAAACUACAACGUUUGGUUCUGCAGACCAUGGGUUUCACUCAACAUUGGAUAGCUAGGGAGGUAGCUGUUCAGAAAACCCAAGAACCUUGAAUUAACAAAUCUGUGUAAGCUGUGGCGAAAGACUACAUAGAAGACUUCUUCCAAACUCAAUGGCUUUUCUAUUAGAGUAGAUAUGGCGUGAAGUAGAACUUGGUAGAUUCUUCACAGUAUGACUGUAAGCUGUAGUCAUUUUCAGAGGGUUAUACUCUCUCUGACGCUGUAUAAAAACACCUAUGAAGUAGAUUUUCUCUAUUUAAGGAUGAAGGCUGCCUCUACCGACCAGAAGACAGAGCAGCCACAUGUAGAGGCUUCAAGGAGAUCCCAAGGGGAAACGAAAAGGCCUUGAAACGAGCGGUGGCACAGGUUGGCCCAGUGGCGGUCAGUAUCGAUGCCAGCCUCCCUUCCUUUCACUUUUACAGCAAAGGUGAGAGUCUCCUCCUCUCUCUGUCUGGUGGGUCAAGAGAAAGUGUUCCAUUAGUAUUGCGAAUGCUAUAGCCUUCCCAUCUAGAUGGAUUCCUACUCCUGCAAUUAUCAUGGUCGUGAAGGGAACUAAUGUCCAAGCACUGCCAGAUUGCCACUGGCUAGUCACAUCCGGAUAGUAAAUAUCACUUUGUGAUACUUUUUUGGGCUGAGACCGAAAUGCAAAAGCAGUUUUGUCUAAUAUUUAUGAGAACCAUUUGAUACACACACAGGGUUAUUCUUCAUUGAAGUGUCAAUGGCCAGGAAUUCAGUGAAUUCCAAAUUUUAGACUGAAAUUGUUGAACAGGAAACACAUCUCCAGUUCAACUUUUGUAGCCUGAAAUUUAAAUUCAGCUUAAAUUCACUCAGAAUUCCAGACAAUUCACAAUUUAGUGAAGGUUCCUCAAUAAAGGAGAGAUCUGAUUUUUCAACCUGCUGAAAAAAGCAGAACCAAAAUUAACACUGUUAUCUAUAAAAAAUAUAAAUAAGAUAACAGGAAAAAACAACACUAUUAACAAGUACUCUAUUAAUCAGAGGAUUGUCUUCAAAGGGGAACUCAAUCCUAACGGAAUGUUUUAUGUUCUAACAAUUAUAUCAAAUAAUUUGUAUUUCCUAUUUUACCAGAUCUGCUAAGCAACCUAUUUGAUUACCCUGUAGGUCACUAAACAGACACGAUUAAUCUCCAAAGUGACAAUGCAAAGUGAAAUUCAAAUUUAAGGCUAAGUCACCUAUAAGUCCAGCAGACUUUGAGAAUUUCCAGUUGGCUAUUUUCACCUGGGAUUUGCUAUUCACUUUGAUUUCUCGCUUUGGUUAAUAUCCCGAGUGAGUUGUGGCACGUUCCCAGCUAGUUUGGAUGGUUUAGGUCCAACAGACCAUGUUGGACACAAAGUUCAGCCGGUGGCAAGUUGUAUGCCGGAUGUAACCGUAACGCAGGACUUGUCCACCAUGGCCCACGGUUAGGUCGUCAAUGUGAAAUAGGUCAUUAUCUGUCUGGAGGUAAAGAUUACCUUUUAUAUUCGUCAAUUAGAAUGACUUCUUGUGUGGAUUCUGAAAGUGCUAUUAAAUGUCUUAGGAUGAUAAUUUAAAGUGGUUUAGUUAAGUCUCAGUUCUAUGAAGCGAAAUCACUCUAUUUUAUGGCUAAUUUUUGAAUGAUUUUCUCCUUUCUAUAUGAAAUAACUCCCUGGGUGCACACCCUAAUGUACUGUGCGUGGCUGUGAUCUCACGUCCGGCGUCUCUCUGAGCAGGCGUGUAUUACGAUAAUAACUGCGACCCCGAAGGUAUUAAUCAUGCUGUGCUUGUGGUCGGCUACGGAAACAUAAAAGGGACAAAGCACUGGAUUGUUAAGAACAGGUAAAAGCAGCGUUCUUCAUGAGAUAACAAAUAAAUAUAAUCUAAUAAAUACAUUGUCCUUUAUAAUAAUUCACACUCUGCAUAUUAACUAUUAAACAUGGAGAUUCAUUAGAGCAUCGGGGCCAUCUUUGGGAAGUGCUAAUAUUAUCACACACAGAGGUCCUCAUCACACACAGAGCUCCUUAUCACGCACAGAGCUCCUCAUCACACACAGAGCUUCUCAUCACACACAGACCUCCUUAUCACACACAGAGCUCCUCAUCACACACAGAGCUCCUUAUCAGACCUCCUUAUCACACACAGAGCUCCUAAUCACACACAGAGCUCCUUAUCACACACAGAACUCCUCAUCACACACAGAGCUUCUCAUCACACACAGAGCUCCUCAUCACACACAGAGCUCCUCGUCACACACAGAGCCCCUCAUCACACACAGAGCUUCUCAUCACACACAGAGCUUCUUAUCACACACAGAGCUUCUCAUCACCCACAGAGCCCCUCAUCACACACAGAGCUCCUUAUCACACAGAGACCUCCUUAUCACACACAGAGCUCCUCAUCACACACUCUGCCCCUUAUCACACAAAGACCUCCUUAUCACACACAGAGCUCCUCAUCACACACCUAGCUCCUUAUCACGCACAUACCUCCUCAUCACACACCUAGCUACUUAUCACACACAGACCUCCUUAUCAUGCACAGAGCUCCUUAUCACACACAGAGCUCCUUAUCACACACAGACCUACUUAUCACACACAGACCUCCUCAUCAAACACCUAGCUCCUUAUCACACACAUACCUCCUCAUCACACACAGAGCCCCUCAUCACACACAGAGCUCCUUAUCACACACAGACCUCCUCAUCACGCACAGAGCUCCUUAUCACACACAGACCUACUUAUCACACACAGAGCUCCAUAUCACACACAGAGCUCCUUACUGAGGUGUUGAACAUGCAGGGCUUGUUAUUAGUAAACAAAGAAAUAUAUAAAGAAAGUAGCUAAUGAUCUUGGUAAAAAGCAUAUUUCAGGAUCAAGAGGUUCUCAAAGUGCUCUAUAAAAUGUCUCCAGGCAGACUAUGUCACAUUGUUAGAGUUCUGGGUGUAGGGACCUUUUCCUCUGCUGAAUGUGAAAUCUUGGUUCAAUAUGUUGAUUUGUUUGAUAACAUCACCAGAGAUUUGUUUUUAAUUGUUCUGUUUAUAUUUGUAUAAUGUUAUCAUAUGACGUUGUAUCAUAUGAUGUAUUACAGCUCAGUCGUUAUAUUUUAGAUUUCACUGAUUUUUAUUAUAUUUUUUUAAGCUGGGGAGAACAAUGGGGGAGGAAAGGAUACAUUCUCAUGGCAAGAGAGAAGAAGAACGCCUGCGGAAUCGCAAAUCUCGCCAGUUUUCCGGUGAUGUGAAAUAAGGAUAAAACUCCUGAGAAUGAGGACCUUAUUGUAACAGAGUGCGUUGUGCCCUAUUUCAUCCAUUUUAAUUUAAUAAAACUCCUUUUACUAUAUUAUAUUACUGGUAAACAGGUGAUCUAAUUGGGGGUGACCUGUUCUUCCUAAUAUUUGCAGAAAAUCCCCUUAAAAAAUACUUGGAAUUCAUAGUUUAUCUUAUCCACUGUUUAAUGUACCAUAUUUCUACUGGCUGCAAAUAUAAUGUCAGUAAGCAAGCUGUCAGACUGAACACAGGGUUUAAUUUUUAAUACAAAUAAAAUGUAAAUAAGAUCUCAGAGAGCCUCAUUGAACAUGAUGGGGUUUAUCACGAAAGAGGAACUGGGGAAAUCGGAGAGGGAAACGGCAAAAUAUAGACAAUAAUAGGGGAAAUUCUCAAAUUUUACCAUUUCAGCAUGUGGACGAGAAUAUCCUAUAAUUUGCUCUUUGCUUCCAAUUGUCCACAAUUCUUGGUUUUGGUUAUUAACCUCACAGAGAUUCUGAGACUCCCAAGUAGUGAUGGUGUCUGCGUGUAACCAUUAAUUCUGUGGAUUAUCACUGAUACUGCCUCAUCCAAUGAGGACUGUGGCUGCAAGCUUUGCCUCAUUGCAUCAGGAAAUCGCCAUAUAAUAAAUGACACAUGUCUCUCCGAAGCAAGAGGUUUGUGCACACUGUCGUACUAUGACUCAGUGCCACAGGACACAACACUGUUGGUCAAAAAUACAUCUGAGAAUCUUAUGGCUUAUAGAAUGAUCAUUAUUGAUAGUAAAUGACCUCUUCAUCAUCGAUAUCCAAGUCAGGCUGGUGGUGAUGAGAUUAUUUAUUUACGUGAAUGUAUUUGGCGCCUACCUCCCAAUCGAGGACAGAAGAAAUAUCAAGAAUACUCUCUCACUCUCGUACAUGUAUACGUUUAUAGAGUUUGUCAGAUUCCUGCUCACUGAAUGUGUAGUAAAGGUGCCAAACCAUAGAGCAGACAGACAGGGAACUUAUGCUGUUUACAGAUAUAAACACACGCUAUAAAAUACAUGUUUAUUGGGUUCAAAGAUGAAAGUGAAUCAAUCAUGUGAUAUUCUCUCUGCACAAUCUUACCUAGCAAAAUAAGUUCAAAAAAAGAGAAAGAUAUAAGUCCAUUGAAUUCAGCCUUUUACAUAUUGGUUUCUGUGGGUGAUCCAAACGAAGGCGCAAUACUCGAUUCGACUCAAUUUCCAAUUAUUCCUCUCAAUAAGAGAAAUAGCUAUCUGGAGGAGGGGAGAUAUAACACAAUUUGUAAAAUAGGUACAUGUACAUGUGACUGGGAUUAUAAAAUUCAGAACGUAUUUACAAACCUUGAUUGAUUAUCACGGGACUUGUUACAAUGAAGAAAAAUAAUACAGUGAGAAAAAAGAACAAUUUAGAAUUAAAACUGGCGUUUUGUAGUAAGUAGUAAAUGGAAUGACAGUUUCUAUGGUUUCUAUAGAGUCUGAAACCUUUUGCUGCCUGGUGUCGCGGUAAAAUGAUGUUUGUUAAAUUGCAUUUUUGGGACGCACUCAAAUUUUAACAGUGUUGGGCUUAAGGGCAUCGAUUUUUUUUUUUUAAAUAUUGGGGAUAUGUAAAUGUAUAUUAAAAAUCACAAUUUCAUGAAUCAGCUGAUCUGGGCUCAAUAAAAUGCAGAAUAUACAUACACCAUAUAAAUUAUUAUAUACAGGUAAUAUAUAUAAAUAAUUCUUUAUCUAAUGUGGAUUGUUUGAGCAAUAAAUACUUAUUUAAUCA